AUGUAUCCUGAAGUGUCGGCAACCGAUCGGGAACGCUCCUCUCCAGCCUAUGCCCAUCCUCCACCGUACGAUAGCAUAGACAGUCUCGAAAAGGCCUCGCAGACCGGGUCGAAAUGGAACCCAAAGAACUGGUCGAAAUUGACAAUUCUUUGCGUCAUCGCAGGUGUUGUCGCAGUGAUAGCUGGCAUUGUGUGAGUGUCUCUGAAAUCCGACUCGCCCUCUCGCGGUGCUAACUUCCUCUCUUCCAGCAUUGGUGCUGUUCUGGGGACAAAGUUGAAUGAGUAUCCCGACUACAGCGCUCUCAACUACAUAUUGUCCGACACAUACAGCGGCACAAGCUUCUUCGACGACUUUGAUUAUUUCACUGGUUACGACCCCACCUCGGGCUUCGUUCAUUACGUGGACUCCAGCGUUGCAACUUCAUCCCAGUACAACCUGACCUACGCGUCCUCGAGCUCCGCCGUGCUGAAGGUGGAUACUACCGACACAAAUGCCAACACAGGCAGAUACUCGGUCCGCAUCACAAGCAAGAAACAGUACGACUCCGGACUCUUCAUCUUCGAUGUCGUCCACUCUCCGUAUGGCUGCAGCACAUGGCCUGCCCUUUGGCUCACCGAUCCAAGCAACUGGCCCACCAACGGAGAGAUUGAUGUCAUGGAAGCAGUCAACCAGGCGGAUACUGGCAAUCAGAUGACGCUCCAUACAAGCGCUGGAUGCAAGAUGAACGUGAAGCGGAAAGAAACAGGCUCCGUCCUCUACAAGAACUGCGUCAACACGACCAACGACAACGCUGGCUGUGGCGUGCAGGGAGCGCAAGACACGUACGGCGAAGCUUUCAAUGCCAACGGAGGCGGAGUCUACGCCAUGGAAUGGAGGGACGAGGGUAUCCGAGUCUGGUUCUUCGCCAGAUCAGAGAUCCCCUCCGAUAUCCCUUCAGAUGUGUCCAACACCUCGGCUCCGGACCCGAGUACCUGGGGAACGCCGCUGGCGGACUUUCCCGGCACGCACUGCGAUAUCUCCAGCCACUUCAAGAAUCAGAGUAUCGUCGCGAACAUCGAUCUCUGCGGCACAUGGGCUGGGUCGACGGCUGUGUACAAUAAUGAAGAUUCGUGUCCGGGAACCUGCACGGAAUUCGUGACGACGAACAACACUGCGUUUGAGACGGCGUAUUGGCAGUGGAAUAGUUGGCGGGUGUACACUGCCAGCUGA